AUGUUGCGGACGCCUAGAAUACUGAGAAAUGGCCGUCUGAAACGCGCUUUCUCUACAAAAGUCCCUAACUACGACGUUUGUAUCAUCGGUGGUGGGCAUGCAGGGUGCGAAGCGGCGGCAGGAGCCGCCAGAACAGGUGCCAGAACUGUUCUUCUAACCCAGAAGCUCGAAACUAUUGGGGAACUCUCAUGCAACCCGUCCAUUGGCGGUGUCGGAAAAGGGACGCUCGUUCGGGAGAUUGACGCACUGGACGGCGUAAUGGGACGUGUCGCAGACAAGGCUGGCAUUCAAUUCCAAGUCCUGAAUCGAAGUAAAGGUGCUGCAGUAUGGGGUCCGAGGACACAAAUUGACCGCACUCUUUACAAGCAAAAUAUGCAGAAGAUCCUGCACAACUAUCCGAAUCUCGAUAUCAAGGCUGGGAGUGUGUUCGACCUUAUCAUCGAACGGUCGCACACAGAUGCCGGUUGGGGAAGGGUACAGGGCGUACAGCUCGGUAUGUGGUUGCUCAACGUGACCGACAAGUGCCAGUUGACCGACAAUCCCGCACUAGACAGCGGAGAAAUCAUAUCUUGUUCCCAAGUCGUGAUAUGCACGGGGACCUUCCUAUCUGGAGAAAUACACAUGGGUUUAAAGCGCAUUCCCGCAGGAAGGAUUGGGGAUGCCCCAUCCGUUGGCCUGUCCGCUUCGCUGGCAUCUGCUGGGUUCAAGCUGGGGCGCCUUCAGACAGGAACGCCAGCACGGUUGGACGGCAAAACCAUCAACUUUGAAGGACUUGAACGUCAAGAAGGAGAUGCCGAACCGCUCCCAUUCAGCUACAUGAACAGCAAGCUUGACAACGCCGACCGCCAAAUCACUUGCUUCAAGACCUACACCAACCCUUCAACGCAUCAAAUUGUAAAGGAUAAUUUACAUCAGUGUGUCCACAUCCAGGAAACGAAGAAGGGUCCACGGUACUGUCCCUCAUUGGAAGCCAAGAUCUUGCGGUUUGGCGACAAGGAUCACCACACGGUUUGGCUGGAGCCGGAGGGUUAUGACUCUGACGUCAUUUAUCCCAAUGGAAUCUCUUGUAGUUUGCCAGAGGAGCUGCAGGAGCCCAUGAUGCGAACCAUUCCCGGUUUGGAGAAGGUCAAGAUCGUGCGCCCAGCGUAUGGUGUCGAAUAUGAUUACAUCGAUCCCCGUGAACUCAAUCCAACGUUGGAGACGAAACGCAUCAAGGGUCUUUUCCUCGCGGGCCAAAUCAACGGCACCACCGGUUAUGAGGAGGCUGCUGCCCAAGGCAUAGUGGCUGGAAUCAAUGCAGGCCUCUCCGCCUUGCAGAAACCGCCCAUGAUUCUCACUCGUGCUGACGGUUUCACGGGGGUCAUGAUUGAUGACCUGACCGUCAAAGGCGCGGAAGAGCCAUAUCGUAUGUUCACAUCGAGGUCGGAAUACCGAAUGACCAUCCGGAGCGACAACGCCGACCUUCGACUUACCACAAAAGGAAGAAAGGCGGGUGUUGUUUCCGAUCCCCGAUGGGUCAAGUUCCAGGACACACAAGCCACUAUCAACAGCGUCAUUGAUCUGUUGAAAUCAAUCAAGUUCAGCCCUCAAGGAUGGAGCGAGCGCGGAAUCCAGGUCAACCGCGAUGGCGCUUGGCGAGAUGCAUACUACAUGCUCCGAUAUCCUGGCGUCACGGCUGGAUUCAUGAAGUCCUUCAUACCUGAACUGGCAGAUGUGGAUCCCCAGGUCUUGGCUCGUGUUGAUAUCGAAGGCCAUUACCACCCCCACCUCAGUCGCCAAGAAGCCGACGUCAAAAUGUUCAUGGAGGAUGAGUCUCUCCUCCUUGAUCCUCGGAUGGAAUAUCGUGAAGUGCCUGGAUUGAGUUCAGAAGUUGUCGAGAAACUAUAUCGAGGGGCGGCGAAGCGGAUAGAAGGGAUGACGCCAACCUCGGUGGUCUACCUCUUGAAGUAUGCUAAGCGAACAUGGAAUAAUAACGAUAAUACCGGACCUACGCUGGCUCAGGUCUCCUAA